AUCGAGGGCAUCCUCGGCUUCCUCUCCUACGACGAGACCAGCCAGCUCCGCCUGGUUUGUAAGCGAAUGGACUUGGUCUGCCAGCGAAUGUUAAAUCAGGGAUUUCUGAAAGUGGAAAGAUAUCACAACUUGUGUCAGAAACAGGUUAAAGCACAACUUCCAAGACGAGAGUCAGAAAGAAGAAACCAUUCUUUAGCUCGUCAUGCAGACAUUCUUGCUGCUGUAGAAACUAGGCUUUCUCUGUUAAAUAUGACUUUCAUGAAAUACGUGGAUUCCAAUCUUUGUUGCUUCAUACCUGGAAAGGUGAUUGAUGAAAUCUAUCGUGUGCUAAGAUAUGUAAACUCUACAAGAGCUCCUCAAAGAGCCCAUGAAGUUCUUCAAGAGUUAAGGGACAUCUCUUCCAUGGCUAUGGAAUACUUUGACGAGAAGAUUGUUCCCAUUCUCAAAAAAAAGCUGCCUGGAUCAGAUGUAUCGGGACGUCUCAUAGGAGCUGCUCCAGUUCCAGGUCCGUCUGCUGCAUUGACAACAAUGCAGCUGUUCUCCAAGCAAAACCCUUCAAGGCAGGAAGUCACCAAACUCCAGCAGCAAGUCAAAACAAAUGGUGCAGGUGUGACUAUGCUAAGGCGGGAAAUUUCAGAGCUUCGCACCAAAGUGCAAGAACAGCAGAAACAGCUUCAGGACCAAGACCAGAAACUGCUAGAGCAAACCCAAAUCAUAGGUGAACAGAACGCCCGCUUGGCUGAGCUUGAACGCAAACUCCGAGAAGUAAUGGAAAGUGCAGUAGGAAAUUCCUCAGGUUCUGGCUCAAAUGAGGAGUCUCCUAGAAAACGGAGGAAGGCAGUGGAAUCCGUAGACUCUCCUAGGAAAUCUAAACGCCUUCGAAACAGAAAAUAAUUUUGGAAUAAAUGACGCCUCCGGAAGAAUACACUUUUCUAGUAACCCAAGCAGUCUGGCUUGCCUGGAUACUGUGAUUAGCAGCAUGGUGUCAUUUAGGCUGCUGGCUCUCCAAAAUUCCACUUAGACUUGAAAAGUAAACUUCUCACUCUUGAGACAUUUAUUUCCCCUUCUCCCCUCCGCUUCUGUCUGAGUGGGCCUAACGCACAGGAUCUUUAUAAUUUGCAAUAGAUACGUACUAACCAGACCUGCUCUGUCAUGUUUUGAGGAGUUAACCUUUUUUUUUUCCUUCUGUGCGGAUGUGUUAAAGUGAACUUAUUUGUGUUUAUGCAUAUAUUCACAUAAAAAUAUCUUAAAUAAAUCCAGUCUCGACUGAUUAGAAAGUUAAACUUACAAACAGAUGUCCUUUUCACUUGAAAAAUACCCACUUUUUAAAUCUUGUUUUAAAACAAGUUGACUGUUUUGUUACAAGUGACCUUGUCUGGAAUGUCUGAAAAGUAGUUAAUACUUUGGGGAUCUAUGUAAUAAGUAAAAUAACUUCUUAUGCUACAGUAUUGGCUAUAUAUUUUUGUAAACUAUGAGCAAGGGACUUCUAUCCAGUCUACAUGUGCACACCCCUAGUUCAAAGUAUCUGGAGCCAUGUUCUACAUUUGCAUGAAUAGAUGCAUGCAUUGCUUAAUCAGCUCGCUAAAAGCACUUGCCUGGAGUUGCUCUUAAAUUAAGUCUCUGUACUUUCCCAGAGUUAGAGAGCAAUUUUAAUUCUUCAGCCAUAACUUUGCAUCUGCUUUCAGUACAGCUGCUUUCUUACAGUGAAAGGGUUCUUGUGAGACCAGUUGCAGAAAAGGAAGUAUUUAAGCCAGGCUAUUUGCUGCUUUCACUGCUUGUAAACUGCAGGUACAGUCAGCUAGAGGUUGAAAAUUCAGAGGCUGUUUCUGUCCAUCGUUCCUUUGGCUCAUAGACCAAAAGCUGAUGAGUAUUGGACAAAAUGAUCUGUCCCCACAAUAAGCAGGCUUAGUGGAACACUGAACGAAACACUGUAUUACAAGAAAUCUUAAAGAAUUUCAUGUGUGGAAAAGUGCUCUCUGUAAUAUUAAUAACUAUACUCUUAACUUUCCUUAUUCUGAAAGUAAAUCACUUCAGACAAAGCUUUAAUUUCUUUUGCACUUCUGUUUUGAGCUUGUAACUGGAAAAGCAUGUCUUGCACUGUUCAGUCUUUUGAUUGGUCACUUUAACAACCUCAGAGUUGUUUUGUACAGUGAUUUUUUUUUUUUUUUUUUUUUUUUUAAUUCCCCCAGUUGUAUAUUUUUGGAACCUUAUACAAGUAUCGCUGUCCUUGUUUUUGUUUUAAUGUACUAAACUAUGUAGCUUUAUCAUUUGACUGUUAUGUUUUCUUUUAAUCAACUGUUGCCUUGGGUUUAGGCGGAAUUAAAUGCUGUGUGGCACUGAAAAAUGCCACAUUCUGGUUGUGGUUGGAAGUUUUGACGACUACUACCAUGGCUAAAAGUGCAGGUUCAGCGCUCCUAUAUUUUCUAUGUCUGUUCACACAACAUUAUUAUGUUUCAAUUAACCAAACAGGAAUUUGAAGCUGUCCUGUAAAUUCUUUUGUGAUACCUAAUACGCUUCUUUAAAUUUGAUUAUCCUAGGUUUUAUUUCUAAAACACACUGGUUUGUGUCAGAUAUCAUUUCCCAUGAAACAUGCCAUUACAAAUUAAUGUCUAGUUUUUGGCAGAGCAUUUAAUUUUUAAAUAAACUUGUUUUGCUAGUUUAAAGAGAUUUUAAAAUGGGUUGUUUCAUUAAAGAAAACAUUAAAUUGACCUCUACCCAUUUGCUCAUUGGUGAUAUAAAAUUUAAAAGUGGCUAAGGCCUUUUGUUGUUGGUCUGUAGAACUUGAGCUGUAAUGCUAUUACGUGACAAAGGCCUGUUGGAGAUACUACAUAGCAGUUUUCAACUAAACACUUGAAUGUUUCCCUUGUGUCUAGAAAGGACUUUUCUCGCAAAAGUCAGUGUGAUUAUCAUUUAACAGGUGUAACUAUUGUAUCAAUACUUGGUACAUAUGAUUUUAGUUCAUUUAAUGGGCUUAUUCCUUUAACAGGUAUUUGUUUUGAAAGGAUUUAAGCAUAAAUAAAAAACCUGUAACGUGCAUUUUUUUUAAAGGUUUGUUCAUGCAUAUUAGUUUCUCUCUAGUUUCUUUUACUUUUUCCUAUUGAAUCCACAUAGCUUUUUUUUAAACAAGAGUUUUGGGCUAAUUUUUGUUAAUAUUAUAUUAGCUAAAAGCAGGAGGAGUCAUGAAUUGAAAGCCCCCUGGGUGUGUGCCUGUGCUUUGGGACAUAAAAACUUGUUAAGUAAAGGUAUAUGGAUAAAAUCCACCUGGAUAGUCUUGCACUAUGCAGCUUGAUGCCAUAUUUAUUUUUCCUCCAUUAUUUUAUCAAUAGUUACUUAAAUGUAGGUGAAAACUCUCAGGUCUUAUCUGAUCAGGAACUGACAUGUGUAGAUACUAUAUAAAGGCAUAACUAGUUCUUGUAAAAGUGAUAUUCUCCUCUAAUCUAUUGUUCCCUGUAUUGAAAUUAAUGUCAAUGGGGAGAAUUCUUACACCUUGUCUAUACCAUUUUGUUGGCAUAGAUAUACUAGAGAAACAUUAGCGUAGAUCAAGUUGUAUUGGCAAACAGCAUUUUCCUUAAAAAUCUAAGCAAAAUUAAAAAGUGACUGCCUUCUUGUAAAUUUAAUAUUUUAAACUAGUAUCCUGUUAGAAGCUCAGCUUUCAACAUACACAGUCCUCUAAUCUUCCCCCAAAAAUACAUUCUUAUUAGAACUUUGCAUCUUAUUGUUAUAAAAUUCCAUUUUAUUCCUGAAAAAACAAUUCUCUGAAAGUCUGGUAAGUAUCAGAAGGAAUUCUAAAGGCAUGUUGCAUGACAGGUACCGCAUUCACUUUUUUCAAUGUUCCUAACUUUCUUGGAUCAGAAAUCCAAAAUAGCCUAGCAUGAAUAUCUCAUGUGUGUAGUGUGGCUGUUCCAGCCAUUUUUUAGUAUAGUGAGAAAAGGAGGAAGAAGACUUUUCAGUUGUUUCCAAACUUGUACAGAAAACAAUUUGAUACCAAGACAUGAAAAGAAAAGAUUAAUUAGGGCUUCAUUAAAAUGGAGCUGUAAAAGAAUCAUUGGAAGCUUCAAAGGGCUAAGGAAGAACAGCAAGUGUGAUGGGCCAAAUGUUAUUGGAGUGAGUAUCAAAUAGACACUGGGAAACCUAAAGUAGUGGAAGUAAUGCUUUCAAAAGGCUAAUGAACUGUCUAUGCAGGAGGUCUGUUCCAUAUUCAAUCUGAAUUACAUCAAACAAAAGAUUUGCAUUCACAUGGCAUAACUGCCUAUAACACAGUAACUGGUAGUUUUACUUCUGUUGAAAUCAGCAGGAAAUUAAUCUGACUUAGCAAGUUACCUUGUUACCUUCACAUGAUUAGAGCUGUGCUGCAAUCUACUACUGGCGGUCCUGCAGCUUUCUUCCCAUUAUGAUUUACAUCUUGCUUGGAUCAAUUGAUUCACCUGUUGUGCCUUCUCUUGCUCAGGGAACACCAUAACAGAAUGUUAAUUUUCUGUUUAAGUACUGGCACAAUCAGAUUCAACAAUCUACUUGUGCUUAUGUGCUUCAGGAGUUUAUAAACCCAGGUGGGUUUUUGGUAUUGCAUCUCUGUACUUUCAGCUUGAACAGUGUUGAGGUCCUGAAUCUCCUUACCUCUGGAGAGAGGCAAGUGUUUGGGCAGUCCUAGGGUCCAGACAGCUGUAUAUUUUGAGGAAAUCCCUAACAGGCUGGCCAAGUGGAGUUGUAACUAAGACACAAGGUACAGCUACCUAAAAGCAAAGGAUGUGAAGAUGGCUUAGAAGCUAAGAAAACAAGCCAGACCACCGGCAGCAAUCAAGCCAUGCAUCUGUUUUGACAAAUUGGACAGAAUUUUGGCAUAGAAUACCAGCAUCAACUUGCACAUCUUUUCAGCUACAAUCAAAGAACAAAAAAAUGCCAGGGACUGCAAGAUGCGUAAUAUCCAGAACAGAAGCCCUUUAAUGCACAGCAGCCUGUAACAAUAGAUCUGCACACCAGACAUUGCUAGCCAGUCUCCUUCCAAUGGCACGGCAGCCAAGAAGACUGGUAACUUUCACUAAGGUUGCCUGGUGAGGAACACCUGGUAUAUGUGUUUAUUUCUGGAGCUGGAUACCACCAUCUUUGGCAGAUGUAGCUAGUACCCUUUCUUGGUUACAAGCUCCCUUUGUGUUUCAAAGAAUGACUGCAGCAAUUGAACUGCAGUAGCCAGCAUAUCAGCUAUAACCUUCCCCUUCUUCUGUGGACUGCUACUCUCAUCUCAGUGCAUGGCCACCUACCCACUAUGCCAUUUAUUGACAAACUGCCAAAUUCAAAAAAGAAUACCUUAUCAUAGCAAUGUGUUAGGAGCAGAAAGUUAUGAAGUAUCUGGUGUGUUCAGAUCAAACAAAUUCAGUUCAUCAGUGCAAUGUUUGGUUAUUACAAAUUUUAGCAAGGUAUUUCUCAGUUUAAAAAAAAAAAAGGCAAUAAGCAAGCUCCAGGUACAACAUACAUUAUACAGCCCCAAUGGUAUAAACUCACAUUAUGCCUAAAACUCAUUCCAGAUUAGAAUAAAGAGCGCUGAGCAGGUCUGCAGGGGAUAUAGUAUGCCUCUAACACUGCAAAAUUGGGGUGGUCUCCCCUGUUCUCAAAUAGUUGUCUUUGCUAUUUGUCAGGCAAAACAUGAGGAGGUACCAUAAUGCUGAAUGAUAGCAAUGCAUAUUUUGCUUGGUACUCUUUAGCCUUUAAAUAGGUAGUUUCCUUACUGUUGAGAGAGAGAGAGAGAUCAGUGCUGUACCCUGAUGCUGGGACUACCUGCAAAAGUGCAAAGUCAAUCUAUAGUCUCAUUAGCCUUUGUCCAUUCAACACCCUGAAAAUGCUGUGAAUUAGUACCCUCAGGCAGGGGUCAUUAUGGUUCCAAAUCACAUGGGGAACAUAGUGAAGGACUUGCUUUCUCCAGAGUUUCUCAAGACUUAGAAAAGGUUCUAGGGAUGGUCUCUCAGAACUGCAGAGUGAAUGAUCAUUCUUUGCUGCCAAGGAAAGAACAAUAACUUAUUUUUCUCAUUUUACAGAGUCCACAUUGUGAGGGUCAAGACACUUCAUGAUGUUGCCACUAAAGGUCUGUUAAAUAAACAAGUGAAGAAAAAUCACAAAAAAUAUCUGAACUCAUGAAAGACUCCAACAGUGAAGGACAGGUGGCUCAGGCAUUGGGGGAAGUUCUCAUGAAUGAGAAGCAAAAGGAUCAAGUCAAAGGGGCUUCUCUGUAGCCAUGGAACUAGUGGAAAAAGUCAUCUUGACACCCAAAUGAGCUGUAGAAACAGACAAGAAGGUGGAGAUGCAGCUGGUAAAGCCGAUGACCAGAUAAAUGUUGCCAGAGCAUGUAUUCCGUUAAAGUUGCUGUUAGGUUGUUUGGCAUUUGGCCUCAACCUCUUCCCCUUUUAGCAAACCACUGGAGCAACAUCAGUUUCAAGAUCUGUCAGUCCUGGUUCCAGAAAACUAUUCAGCAAAAACUAGGGCCAUGGCAUUUGGGUAAUACGUUUCUAAAACUUUGCAUUUAGGAAAAGAAGUAUCACCAGCUUGGAAAAGGUACAGAGAAGAACAAUCAAAAUUAUCAGGUAUAGGGCAGUUGCCAUAUCAGGAGAGACUAAAAAGGCUAGGACUCUUCAGUUUAGAAAGGAGAAGGCUGGAUAAAGUGAACAGGGAAAUGUUAAUCAUCCAGUCUCAGAAUACUAGAACUAUAGGACAGGCACUGAAAUUUGUGGGAGGUGACAGGUUUAACACUAACAAGAGAAAGUACUUUUUUAUUCAAAGUGUAAUUAACUUGUAGAGUUAAUAGCCACAGGAGGUGGUAGUGGCAGAGACCACAGGUUCAAAAUGGACUAAAGUUCAUGGAUGAUAGAUUUAUCAAUAGGUGUUAAACAGAACUGUUGGGAGAUGUUUUCUUUGGCAGCUCUCACCACUAAUGGUAGGUGCCAGAGAGAGUCAUGAGCAGGAGAUAAAUCACUUCAGAUAUAUUUGGUUCAGUGCUCUCCCUCUAAAGCAUAUACUCCUGGCAGAGACAGGAUACUGGGCUAGAUGGAUCAUUGGUCUGACCCAGAUGACACUUCUUAUGUUCUUAAGUGCUGGCUGGCCUGGAGGUUACAGCACUUUGCUAGAAAGCAAAAAAAUACUGGGUGAGUGGGGCUUUGAACCUGGGUCUCCUGGUCCCUGGGUAAGCUCCCUCACUAUUAAGUAUCUUUACUUCUGGAAGAUAUAUAAACGGUGAUUCUAUUUUAAGUACCAAAAAUGGCAGUUAUGUGGCCACAUAGGCAUGAAAAGCAGAGUGAAAUGUAGCCCUAAAUGUCUAGCUACAUUGGAAAACAAUCUUAGAAUCAGGGAUGAGGAAUGUCACUCAUUUUGCUUUUAGCUAAUAGAGAAUUUAACUCUGAAGUACAAAGUAAACAAGGGCAAAUGACUAUGGUCCCUUUAUUCAUGGGGACCAGUCACCUGGAAUGCUAGUAUUGGCUUCAAGCUCCCUUGCUAUAAUGUCUCUUCUACAGGCACAACAUCUAGUAAUCUACUAAUUAACUCUCCAUUUUUAUCUUAUAACCAAGUAAAAGUUUGUAAUAAUGGAUUGUGAACCAGGGUGCAAAGAUAAAAUGUCAUGCAUAAGUCAUUUAUGCUCAGGUUAUCUGAUUGUGUUGGCUGUGAAUACAAUAUAUUAUGUUUAUCUUGAGAAAUUAUUUUCCAAAGAAUAAGGUAAAGAAUGACACACAUUUGGUCUGUAAAGUGAUAAGAAAUGUACUGGAAUGCUAAAAAACAAUGGGAUGAACAAGUCCAAAUUUUAGAGGCAGCCUAUUAAGGAGGACUAUGCUGUCAAAAACACAUACUGGUGUAUGCUUACUGUCCUUUUAACAUUUUUUGUCUUACGGAAUGUCUACUCAGUAAAUCUAUUUGGCACUAAGGCUACUCUCAAUUGUAUAAAUAAAGUGUAC